AUGAUGGACGUGUAUGGGAAGUCGGGAUUCGAUUUCUCUAAUUCGAUCAGGAAUCAAUUCCUGUCGGGGAAAGGUGUAAAGGUGCCCAAGGCCACCUCAACUGGAACUACUAUUGUAGGCUGCUUGUUCAAAGAUGGUGUAGUUCUCGGGGCAGAUACUCGUGCUACAGAGGGAGAUAUUGUGGCAGACAAGAAUUGCGAGAAGAUUCACUACAUUGCCCCUCACAUUCGCUGUUGUGGCGCCGGUACAGCGGCCGAUACCGAAUUCGUUACCGCAUUAAUCUCGUCAAACAUCGAAUUGCAUGAAUUAAGCACAGGAAGGAAGGCACGCGUGGUGACGGCGAUGACAAUGCUAAAGCAAAGGUUGUUCCAGUACCAAGGCCAUAUAGGCGCAGCACUAGUACUUGGGGGUGUCGACCCGACAGGACCCCAUCUUUUUACAGUGGCACCUCAUGGCUCAACGGAUAAACUUCCAUAUGUCACAAUGGGCUCUGGUAGCUUGGCUGCUAUGGCAGUAUUUGAAAGUCAAUGGAAAGCUGGCUUGGAACGACAAGAAGCAAUCGACCUUGUCACAGCUGCCAUUUCGGCUGGUGUUUUCAACGACUUGGGAUCUGGCUCCAAUGUGGAUGUCUGCAUUGUUACUGCAGAUGGGACACAGAUGCUUCGUAAUUACAGAACCGACAAUGAGCGCGCACCCAAGGAACUUCGGUACAAGUUCAAGCGUGGCCGCCCAGGUGAUGGCUGUGCGCUUUCGGGCUCCAAGGUGAUUGGUCUAAUCCCCCACACGGGUGCUACUGACCGCAAAGCCCGUGAACUUAAUCGGGCUGGACACCCAUUACUGGGCACUUGCCACCAAACGGAGAACACUGCCCGCAAGAAGGCUUCCCCAGUUUCGUCCAUAAAAUUCGCACUUGCUGCCCUGGGCCUACUUUCGAGCCUUGCCUCAGUAUCCGCAUCGGAUGCGGAUGAGCUAAAAACUCUUGUCAGCGAACUCACUGUGACGGCUACUCAAUCGCAGCGACUAGCUAUUCUCGACGAGGACAAAGACUUUGUUUUCGAUUUUUUGAAUGCAGCCAAAAUCCAAGGAGCUGUGGGAAAGGGUAAUGGGGGGCAAGCCGUAUCAGCCAAGACUACGACAUUCCCAGCUCUGAUUGGCAACAACCUGGCGAUGACUGUAGGGUUCUUGGGCCCAUGCGCUCAAAAUACGCCUCACAUUCACCCCCGAUCUGCUGAAAUGCUAGUCAUGGUUGCCGGAGACACCAUCAACACUGGAACCUUCCAAGAAAACGGUGCCCGAUUCGUAGAGAACAAGAUUGAAGUUGGUCAGGCGACUGUCUUCCCAAUGGGCAGUGUCCACUUUCAACAGAAUCUUGGCUGUGAUCCCGCUAUAUUCGUUGCAGGCUUUGCCAACGAAGAUCCUGGCACGCUCCAGAUCGCUCAGGGAUUCUUCCAACAACUCCCUCCCGAUACUGUUUCCGCUACUUUAGGUGAACUUGGUGUUGAAGAGGUUCAAGAUAUUUCCAAGAAGAUUCCUGCCAAUAUCGCGUUUGGUGUCGCUGAGUGUGUAAAGCGCUGCCACAUUGAUCGUAACUCGACGUUCGAAUUCAAUGAACAAACCAUCAGCAAAGCCCUCAAAGAGCAAGGGAUUGCGGCUACUAUUGCGUCUGGUGCUGCCUCUUCACGAGUAAACGUAUCCAGUGGCUCGUCAAGCAAGCAGGCUAGCAGUCUCUCCCCCGGGGCGAACCUUGCCGCAAGCAACAACACAAUCCCUGACGAUGACAAUGAUUCCUUCUGGGACAACAAGUAUCACGUCCUUGUUAUCGUCCUUGCAGUGGCUUGUGGUGUCCUCGUCUUGGCGCUUAUUGCCGCUAUCGUCAUUGCUAUGCGCGCUCGCAAGGCUGCUCGCACCCGUAGCCACCAUGUUCCACUCCCUUUGUUUACCGGUACUGGUCACGGAAAGACACGGUCAGAGGCAUCCACUCCAUUCGUAACAGAGAAGUAUUCCGAUGGAGGUCGUAUCGAUAGUCCACGACCUCGUAGUCAUUGA